AUGCCUGCUGUUCUCGGAAAACAAGUCGGGCCUACUGGCUAUGGAACCAUGCGCAUGACAUGGAACCCUACUCCUCCAAGUAAAGAAACAUGCUUCGAAACACUCAAUACAGCCAUUGAACUUGGUGCCAAUCUCUGGAACGCUGGAGAGCUCUACGGAACCCCGGAGUACAACUCUUGCCACUUGCUACAAGCCUAUUUCGAGAAGUAUCCGCAAAAUGCGGACAAGGUCGUGCUCAGUAUCAAAGGCGCAAACCUCCCAGGCCAACUAACUCCAGAUGGCUCAGAAGAGAAUAUCCGGAGAAGCGUCGACGAGUGCCUGCGGAAUUUAAAGGGCACCAAAUCUAUAGAUAUUUUUGAAUGUGCUCGUCAGGAUCCCAAAACCACUGUCGAGCAAUCAGUGACCAUUCUCGCUAAAUUGGUUAAAGAGGGUAAAAUUAAGGGCAUUGGCUUGAGUGAAGUCGAUGCCGAGACUAUCAGGCGAGCACACAAGGUUCAUCCCAUCGCUGCAGUAGAGGUUGAAUUAUCACUCUGGUCUCUGGAUAUCUUUGAAAAUGGCGUUGCCACAACUUGCGCAGAACUGGGCAUCCCUGUCAUUGCUUACUCCCCCCUGGGUCGAGGUGCUCUGACUGGCGAAAUCGCCAGCUUGACAGAUAUUCCAGAGGGUGACUUCCGGCGCCUUGUCCCCAAGUUUCAAGGUAGCAACUUUGAGAGCAACCUCAAGCUGAUCAAGGAGAUCGUGAGCUUGGCUAAACGCAAGGGUGUUGCUCCAGCUCAGAUCGCGCUGGCCUGGGUUCGCACUCUGAGUAACAAGCCUGGUCUACCUACCAUCAUCCCAAUUCCUGGUGGAACAACCAAGGAUAAAGUCACUCAAAACACGCAAGGUGUUCAGACUUUAACGGAUGAAGAGAUGGCAGAAAUCGAUUCUAUUCUGAAGGGUCAUGAAGUCAAGGGAACUCGCUACUAG